AUGCAUAUCACAUCAGGGCUUUCGCCGGCCUCUGGAGAGAUGCUGGACCUCUACAGCGAUCAUGCGGUUCCAGAAUCAUCGCAUACAGUGGAAAUCGAAUAUGUGUACGAGCAGCCAGAUAUGUACGCGUCAGAUCUGCCGAGGAAGAGACCGAAGCGGAUCAAAGAAGAGCCGGAGACAGAUUUAACGAAUUUGAACUGGUUGCAGAAUAUAACGAAUAUAAUGUCCAUUCCACAAUGUCCGAUAUCACCGGUGACCGCUCCGAAAUCGCAGAGCACGCGGCUGGAGAAGUUCAAUCAGACGAUAACGAAAUGCCAAGACGAUUUUAUGGCGAAUAGAGAUGAUUACAAGAAUAACAGUGAGAAGAAACCGCCGUACUCCUACAGCACAUUGAUAUGUAUGGCGAUGCGAUAUAACAAUGAUAAAAUGACUUUGUCGGCGAUUUAUUCAUGGAUUCGUGAUAACUUCAAGUAUUAUAGGAACGCCGAUCCUACUUGGCAGAACUCUAUCCGCCACAAUCUAUCCCUAAACAAAGUGUUUGUGAAGGAAGCAAGGUCCAAACAAGAGCCUGGAAAGGGUGGAUUUUGGAAACUCGACCUCGCACAUCUAGAAGGUACCAAGCGUAUCUCCAACCGACCUCACAAGAAGAAAAAACUUGAGAAAGACUCAAAAAAUGAAGAAAAAGUAGCUGUGGCAAAUAUACCUCAAAUGGAAAGUCAGUUACUUGACAUUCACGAUAUUGACCAAGCGGUGACUUUGCACCUGCCAGACUUGAGUUUGCCAAUUUCCAUGGAUCUGGAGACGAAUAUUGGAGCAAAUGUCAUAGUGGAACCGGCGAUACCACCUCCUUUGAUCCCUGAUGAUGACCUGUCAUCGUUACUCCUGAACCCUACCGAUUGGGGCGACUUGCAACUGGAUAUGUUUGAUAAUUAUUUGGAUCCAUGUUUCAAGUAA